AUGAAUUAUGAUUGUUUAGGUCAAAGUUCUUGUGAAGGUGGAAGUCAAUGUUUUCAAGACGAUCAUAUAUGUCCAAGCAGAUCAGUAUGUAUAUGUUCACCAUGCUUUUAUGGAACACGAUGUCAGUUUAGUGUAAAUGGAUUUGGUCUAUCACUUGAUGGUAUUUUAGGUUAUCAUAUUCAAGCACAUAUUGAUCUUUUUAAUCAACCAAGUAUUGUACUAUUUAGUUUAUCAGUAGUGAUAGUCAGCAUGAUUGUAGGACUUAUCAAUGGAAUUUUGUCACUGAUAACAUUUCAAAAUAGACAAGUAUGCGAAGUUGGUUGUGGUUUCUAUUUAUUAGGUUCAUCAAUUACAACUUUAUUAACAACAGUUAUGUUUGGAUUAAAAUUUUGGAUACUUGUUCUUGCACAAAUGACAGUUAUAUCCAAUCGAUUAUUUUUACAAAUUCAAUGUAUAUCUUUUGAUUUUCUUUUACGAGUUUGUCUUAAUAUGGAUCAAUGGUUAAAUGCAUGUGUAGCUAUAGAAAGCACUAUUACUUUAUUAAAAGAUCUUAAUUUUAAUAAGGAAAAAAGUAAACGCAAUGCUAAAAUAGUUAUCAUCAUUCUUUCAAUUUGCAUUGUUUCUACAAAUAUUUAUGAUUCGUUUCAUCGACAUUUAAUUGAUGAAGAAAAUGAAGACGGUAAACGAACUUGGUGUAUUGCAACUUAUCCAUCUCGUUUACAAACAUACAAUUCUUUUAUACAUACAUUUCAUUUCUUCGCUCCAUUUAUGAAUUAA